AUGAGUAUUGUCCAGGCAGUACCGGUUUAUGGACGGCAUACGCAGACAGUGAGAGGAACUACUAGUGAUCCUCUUGAGUACUGGAACUUUAUCAAAUUGUUUGAAAACAGUAUUGUGAGCAAUGAGGCCAGCGAAAGUGAAAAACUCAUGUAUCUCCUUCAGUAUACAUCUGGAGUGGCAAAGGACACGAUCAAGUGUUGUUUAGUCAUGGAUUCAUCCCUGGGAUACCGAAAGGCGAGAGAGCUGCUGGAAGAACGAUUUGGACACCCCUUCACAAUUGCCUCAAAAUACGUAACCAAGUUAAAAGAAGGACCAAUGCUUAAACCAUGGGAUCUCGCAGGAUUGCUUGCAUUUCCGGACAGAUUGACAGACUGUGAACACACUUUGGAAUCCAUUGGAUAUCUGGAGGAGAUUAACAGCGCAGAAAACUGUUAG